UAGCUUUUGUUUCAAGUUGGCAACUCUGAUUUUCACUAGCUAAUUUGUGUUCCCUGUCCCUGAAAUCAGUUGAACUAUUCGUGCCAGUUAUCUCAAGCAGUGACGACCGUGUUCCAAAUUUCUUCUGAUACUUAAUCUACCUGACCGAUAAAGCAGUAUGGCAGAUAAUGACGAUCUUUUAGAUUAUGAGGAUGAAGAUCAGACCGAACAGGUUACCACUGAGCCGACAGAACAACCCAAAAAGGAUGUAAAAGGAACAUACGUCUCGAUUCACAGUUCAGGUUUUCGUGACUUUUUGCUAAAGCCAGAAAUUCUACGUGCCAUUGUUGACUGUGGUUUUGAACAUCCUUCUGAAGUACAACACGAAUGUAUUCCCCAGGCGGUUCUUGGCAUGGACAUUCUGUGCCAAGCCAAAUCAGGUAUGGGAAAGACAGCAGUGUUCGUAUUAGCUACCCUCCAACAGUUGGAACCCACGGAGAGUGUCCCGUACGUGUUGGUUAUGUGCCACACGCGCGAGUUGGCAUUCCAAAUCAGCAAGGAAUACGAACGUUUCUCCAAGUAUAUGCCCAGUAUUAAAGUGGCCGUGUUUUUCGGUGGUCUCCCAAUUCAAAAGGAUGAAGAAGUACUGAAAUCGACUAAUCCGCACAUCAUCGUUGGAACACCUGGUCGUGUUUUGGCACUUAUUCGCAACAAGAAAUUGAAUCUGAAGCAUCUGAAACAUUUUAUCCUUGAUGAGUGCGAUAAGAUGUUGGAGCAACUAGACAUGCGUCGUGACGUGCAGGAGAUUUUCCGCAAUACACCGCACGGUAAACAAGUGAUGAUGUUUUCCGCCACUCUCAGCAAAGAUAUUCGGCCGGUGUGCAAGAAAUUCAUGCAAGAUCCUAUGGAAGUGUACGUCGAUGAUGAAACCAAGCUGACGCUGCACGGACUCCAGCAGCACUACGUCAAAUUGAAGGAAAAUGAGAAAAACAAAAAGCUAUUCGAAUUAUUAGAUGUACUUGAGUUCAAUCAGGUUGUCAUUUUCGUAAAAUCUGUUCAACGGUGCAUGGCGUUGGCCCAGCUACUGACGGAGCAGAAUUUCCCUGCCAUCGGAAUACAUCGCGGUAUGGUACAAGAAGAACGCCUUUCUCGUUACCAGCAGUUUAAAGAUUUCCAGAAGCGCAUUCUGGUGGCGACUAAUCUGUUUGGACGCGGAAUGGAUAUCGAGCGUGUUAACAUCGUAUUCAACUAUGACAUGCCCGAGGAUUCCGAUACAUAUCUGCAUCGGGUAGCCCGCGCUGGGCGAUUCGGUACAAAAGGUUUGGCUAUUACGUUCGUUUCUGAUGAAACCGAUGCAAAGAUUUUGAACGAGGUACAGGAUCGGUUCGAUGUAAACAUCACCGAGCUUCCGGACGAAAUUGAUCUCUCAUCGUAUAUUGAAGGACGAUAAAAUGUCAUCUGAAUAUAGAAGAUAAGUUUAGUUUAUUGAUUGAGUAAAUGUAAAACAAACAGUUCCAAGGGCUAAUUUUUCAUUACGAUCCCACGAAGAAGGAGAUGCCCUUCUUACGUUAGACAUAGCUGCACAACUAUUGACGUUAGUGCCAACCACAAGUUUUAAAGGACUCAGAUCAGUUAGAUAGACUGGCCUACUACUGUGUGUAGUAGAUGACGGGCAGCAGUAACGCUACUCAGAACAAACAACAACGGCAUUACUAACACUUGGUUAGCUUUAACAUUUCCACAACUUGUAACGCAUAUGAUUGUAUCGAUUUAUCAGUACUCAGUAGAGUGGUUUUACGCAGACUAAUUUCAAUAAAAACGAUAUGAUAAAAAUACAAAA